GGGGCGGCGCGGCCGGACCCAGGGGUGCCCCGCCUGGGGGGUGCUGCUUCCCGCUUUCCUCCUCCUCCUCCUCCUGGCAGAAGAUUGUGUGGCUCUGUGUGAUAAUGACUGCAAAGCUUACUGCUGUGAUGGGACUACUCCCUACUGCUGUUCAUAUUAUGCCUACAUUGGGAAUGUCUUUUCGGGCACGGCCAUAGCUGGGAUUGUUUUUGGCAUAGUGUUUAUCAUGGGAGUGAUUGCUGGGAUCGCCAUCUGUAUCUGCAUGUGCAUGAAGAGCAGCCGUGGCACUCGAGUGGGGGUCAUCAGAACCACGCACAUCAACGCCAUCAACACCUACCCAGUGGCUCCACCAGCAUACAGUUAUGAGUAUGGAAUGGAGUACCCAGCUGACCUACCUCCACCUUAUACUCCAACCCCACAGACUGUAAUACAGUAUCCCCCACCCCCUCCAUACCCUGGAUAUUCAGGGAAAUAAUUAACUUGGCUUUACAUGGAUACUGACUGCCUCUUGAAACAGCCAGCACUGUUGGGACAAUGCUAUUGGCUCAGGGACAAACAGGGCUGGGUUUUGCAUCAACACAUGUGGCCAGGUGUUGAAAUAAACUGUGGAGAUUGUCAAGACUCAGGAUGUAUAAAAAUACUGUCCACUCUGGACCGUCAUGUUUCAUGAUUAAACAACAUGUGACCAAAGAAACAGUUCCUGUAAGUUGGUGUCUGAUGAGAAGUGCUCAACACCUGCUCUUAGCUUCACCUGCAGCACAUGGGAGUGGGGCUGUUCCCAUGUAGGAACGUGCAAGUGGUUCCACAAACUGUUUCAAAAGCACAAGAGGCAGCUGCUGAGGCUUACUCUGGGGGAAAGUGUCACCUGUUGUCUUGAGAUAACCACUAUGCCUUUCCUUGAAGUGAGGGGAAUAAGCAAGAACAAGGAAUAUUGCAACUCUUUUCCAUUUCUGUUUCCCGCUGAUAAUACCCAAUGAUCACUGGGCAUAUUGGUCUGAUAAGCAUGUUACAAGGAGAAGUGUUGUUAGAGUUUUCUAUAAUUAAAAAAAGAUGGGUAUUAUUUUUGGCCAAGUGCAGAUUUUUUAAGUGCCUCUUUUUAAGCAUUUUGUGACUAGUUUAUGAACUGAAAUGUUAACAUAACAGAAUUUUUGUAUGCGAAAUACACUAAUUUAU